GACCAAAGCAAAGCAAGUAUUUCUGACUUUGUUCUGCUUUAAAUCAUCACUUCAUUUCUGAAUUCUGAGACUUGAGAGCACACAGACAGAGUUCGUCAUCCGAGUUUCUUGUAUUUCAGGUGAGAAGAGAGAAAAUGGCGUUUGUGACCACUGCGGAAGUUUGUGACGCGAAUCAAGAGCUGAUCCGGAGUGGGCAGCUCCGAGCUCUGCAACCCAUUUUCCAGAUUUACGGUCGUCGUCAAAUAUUCUCAGGUCCAGUAGUUACUGUCAAAGUAUUUGAAGACAAUGGCUUGAUCCGUCAGUUUCUCGAAGAGAAAGGCAAUGGAAGAGUUCUAGUGGUGGAUGGUGGAGGGAGUUUACGAUGUGCGAUACUUGGAGGAAACCCGGUAGUACAAGCGCAGAACAACGGAUGGGCGGGGAUCAUAGUGAACGGUUGCAUCAGAGACGUUGAUGAGAUCAAUGGUUGCGACAUUGGAGUCAGAGCUUUGGCUUCUCAUCCUUUAAAGGCUAGUAAGAAAGGACUUGGUGAACAAAGAGUCCCUUUGAACAUUGCUGGGACUCGGAUUUGCGAUGGCGAAUGGCUUUACGCUGACACUGAUGGAAUCCUUGUUUCUCAGAUCGAAUUAUCGGUUUAGAAAGAAAGAAAACAAAAUUGGUUUCUUGAUUUGUUGAAUCUUGAAGCUGUUGCUAUUGAGCUUUACGUUCCCUCUUCUUCUUUUGUGGCUUAAUGUAUAUCAAAGUAAAGUUUG